CUCAGACAAGUACACAUACAGUGACGUUUACGACGUUCGAACGUUUAUAAAGCUUUCCGUUCAAUUUGCAACUGAACCUCGAUAAAGAAUCGAACGAAAACAACGCGGGAUCACUUUCCCGAGCGAACGUAACCUCAGCUUUCGAACGAAAACAAGUUUCUAACGCGUAUAACCUUCAGUUUUUGUUUUAUUUUCUCGAAUACCUCUGGGCACACUACACGCCCGCACGUGCUACUGCAAGUUUCGCCGUAAAAGUUCUAGUCGUGAUACGUUUAGUGAACGAUCCGCGCGUGUGCCUGGAACAAAAAGAAACGAAACAGAAACGAUCGUGUCGUUCAAAAUAAAAACGGCACGCCAGCAGACACGCUACUGGCCAUAAUGGCUUCACGAGGAACUACUGUGGUUCACUGUUGGUUGUAAUGUGACAUUGAUACCAGGGUCGUGACGAGCGAGAAUACAUACUACUAGGCAAUGGACUUAAUCUGAUAAGUGGCGCUCGCACAACUUCCCCCGAUCGUCGCCACGAAAUCGAAAGACUGGCAAACUUUCUUUCCUAUCGGCUCUAUAUUCUCUACGAAGCAUGUCAAAGUACAACAUUCAAGAAUUCGACCUCGAAACGGGGAAGCAAGUUCGAUUAACCGGUUACACUAAUGCCGCUUUCGAAAAUCCACUUCGGAGCAAUAACAAUAAUCCUGAUCAGGUCGCUGACCCCGAGAACAGGCUGGGCAGCGUCCAUGUUUGCAGCAAGGAUAACAAAACUAUGAACAACGAUGUUGCACAGAAUCCAGAGAGGAAUUUAUUGUGUUCGCUGGGAAGGAGAUGGCUGUACCAACGGAUCAAAAGGUCCUGCAGGAAAAAAUUGCUGUACAAAAGGAUACCUAUUGUGGCGUGGUUGCAAAUGUAUCGCAAGGAUUAUAUAGCAAGCGAUCUGGUUGCCGGUAUUACCGUAGGCCUUACCGUUAUACCACAAGCAAUAGCAUAUGCGAAUGUUGCAGGACUUCCUUUACAGUACGGUUUAUAUUCUUCUUUUAUGGCGUGCUUUGUAUACACCAUCCUAGGAUCGUGCAAAGAUGUACCGGUUGGACCAACAGCGAUUAUUGCAAUCUUGACUAGGGAAACGUUGCAGAAAUCUGACUUGGGGCCUGACUUUGCGGUCCUCUUAACCUUCUUAUCCGGCUGUGUGUGUUUGCUGAUGGGGAUUCUACAAUUAGGUUUCCUGUUGGACUUCAUAUCAGGACCGGUAUCGGUCGGUUUCACGUCAGCAGCGGCGAUUAUUAUCGCGACGAGCCAAGUAAAAGACAUUCUAGGAAUUAAUAUCAGCGGUAGCAAGUUCGUCGAAGUGUGGCAGAAGAUAUUUGAAAAGAUCGGGGAAACAAAGCUUUGGGACACCGCGUUAGGCAUCACGUGCAUAAUCGUUCUUCUUCUCCUCAGAAAAAUCAAAGAUAUAUCGGUAAUCCAUAAAGCUACAAAAGUACCGUCGAAGGUACAGGUGAUCAUGCAAAAAUCUCUCUGGCUGCUUUCUACGUCCCGAAAUAUCCUCGUGGUCCUUGUCUGCGCGGUUAUGAGCUGGCUUUUAGAAAGUCAUUUAGGUUCCUCGCCGGUCAAACUGACGGGCCAUGUUAAACAAGGACUUCCGGAAUUUCAGCCACCGCCGUUUCAAACCUACCACAGAAAUGAAACUUACGGGUUCGUCGAUAUGGUCUCUGCUCUAGGUUCUGGAUGUCUAGUCAUUCCUCUGUUGAGUCUCUUGGAAACCAUUUCUAUCGCCAAAGUCUUCAAUGAAGGUAAGCCAAUCGACGCGACUCAAGAAAUGCUGGCGUUGGGUGCAUGCAACGUCCUGUCGGCUUUCGUUUCAUCCAUGCCUGUUAGCGGUGGCCUCAGCCGGGGAGCGGUGAACCAUUCAUCCGGAGUGAAGACUACACUCGGCGGUGUUUACACUGGUCUUCUAGUACUGGUUUCGCUUCAGUUCCUUACGCCGUACCUUUAUUUUAUUCCUAAUGCCGCGCUCGCAGCAAUCAUCAUCGCCGCGGUCAUCUUCAUGGUGGAACUACACGUAAUCAAGCCCAUAUGGCGAACCAAAAAAAUUGAUCUCGUACCAGCGGUAGCCACGUUUUUGUGCUGUCUUUUUAUAAGGCUCGAACUAGGUAUAGUAAUUGGUAUCGGUAUAAAUGUCUUAUUCCUACUUUACGCUUCAGCAAGGCCGUCGUUACGAGUUCAUAAAGAUACGAGCGUAAACGGUUGUGAAUAUCUCGUCAUAACACCCGACAGAAGCCUUGUAUUUCCGAGUGUCGAGUACGUGCGAGCUGUAAUUAGUAAACAGGGUACGAGGCAGGGAACUGCAGUACCGGUUGUCAUAGAUUCCACACACAUUCAAGCAGCAGAUUUUACUGCUGCGAAAGGCGUUAAGAAUCUAACGGAGGAUUUUUCUAAACGUGGACAGCCUUUAAUCUUUCAUAAUUUAAAACCGAGCGUCAUCGAAAUUUUCAAGGGCGUGAAACCUUCAGGUUUAAGGUGUAGUUCCAACGAACUCGAGCUUAACGACUGCCUUAAAGAAUUUUCAAACGUUCCGGCAGCUAUUGCAAAUAGGUAUUGAUAAUGCUUAAGACAUUCAUGGAAAUUCCGUCCUGCAACUACUCUUCUUAUCUUGUAAGCAUCGGUAUUAUAUGUAUAUUAACAUGAAGAUGGACGACACUAUAGAAUAUAAUUAUAGACAAUACUACUGUAAGGAAAGUAACGUUUCUAGUAGUUAUUUUAAGAUAUUGAUUUGCUCCGA